CUCAAUUGAGAAUUCUUCUUUCUUGUGUCUUGAAAAUGUCACUCUACCGCUUUGUCCUCGUUGCGGGCCUUCUGCUCGGCCAGGGUUCGGCCAGCACUCCCAGCCCUAACUCCCCCGCAGCCAGCUCUCCCGUGGCCAGCAGUCAAGCCGUUGCGCCCACCGUAACCUGUCGCACGGAGCUAGGAACCAUCUCCCUGGCGUCAGUGCCUACGACCACCAUCACUCGCACCAUCCAUGACCAAACCCCAGUCGUCGUCUUGACGACCACGCAGGACACUGUCACCGUGACUCCUGACGCCACCACCGUGGUCGUGACCGACUAUGCGACCACCACGGUCACUUCGACUGCUUCCACGGUGACUGAUACCUUCUCCACCACCUCGACUGAGUAUGAGACGGCGACCGUCACUAUCACUCCGGCUGCUGUCACUGCCACAGUCUCGGUCACCAUCUCCACCACCAGCACCAGCACCUCCACCAUUAGCAGCUCUGCAGGCUUCACCCCUAUUGUGGACACGCUGCCCACCGCUACUGCUGCUAAGCGGUCCCUGGUCGAGGACACCGAUUGCUCUCCUCUGUUGGACGACUACCAAUAUCCUCAAGAGGUUGAAUGUCACGAGAAGAUCAUCGUCAAGACCACCACCGUCUCCACCGUCACCGGAUCUCCCAUCACGGCCACUGCUACCGCCCCUACCACCACAGUGACAGUGACCAACACCAUUACCCAGAGCUCGACGGUGCUUCCCUCCGAUGUGUCCACCACCCUGAGCUACAGCACCACUUCCACCAUCACCGAGACCAGCUCCGCUGCAGCCGAGACCACCACCGUGACUUCCACGACCACUGCAAUCGCUGCCGUUGAGACCACUACCUUCUACGAGGCGUGCGGUAGCAACAACAUCGCUGGUCUUCCCCUCUCCUCCGACUAUGACAGUUUAGCGGGCCAGUACAUCUACUACAUCACGUUCAGUAAUAUCCCCGGGGAAAGUCUGACCGUCGGCAACACCGCGUCUGCAUAUGACUGCUGUGUCAGCUGCAUGCAGAGCUCCACUUGCGCCAUGUCGUACUACAAUGCCGUUUCGUCCUCCGUCAAAUACUGCUAUCUUAUCAAGACGACCACAUGUUCCCAGGCUUCGACGUAUGGUACGGUGAAGGUGCACAGCUCCGCGGCAACUAUUCAGAUGUCUAAUGGCAACUGUGGCCGCGUCGAGGGUUCUCAGGGUUGAUGUGGAUUCUGACGAGAUCCUCAAUAGCUAGCUUA